AUGACCCCCGAUGGCCAUGAAAGACUCGUCAUGUCGGAUCGAGAAAUCUGCGACGACAUUGUCGCCACGGUGUCCAAGCUUAAUGCGGCCGUUACGCGGGACACGUAUGGUCGUCGUUGGAAACAGGGACAUCGUCAUCACGGGGUUGACCUAUUUGAACUCGCUAAAGCAUCCAAUAAAGAUGUUGUGGAAGAAGAUCGAGACAUCGCGUACGCAGUUGUCGCCAAGACAGAACUUCGUUGCCAUCUAAACGAAGUGCUCAAUAUCUUGGUCACGCAUGAAUCCAAUGCGUACGAGAGCACCAUGAAGGCGUUGGCCGGCAAAAAAUUCAAGAAGGGAGACGUCCUUUUCAGCCAGCGACGACAGUUGUCGUCCGACCUGCGACGCCAAUCGUUGGUGGUGCCGCGCGAGGAUAUGGGAAAGGAAGCUCCGGAACAAGCGUUGAUUGGCGUCAAUGUUGCGACGCUGACCCCACGGAUGGUGAUGGAUCUAGGAGGCAACAAGAAGACGCAGAAGUUGUGCUUCUCCACGUUCACGCAGCAAUAUCUGGGUGAUGAUCGCGCCGUCCACGUUAUGAAAACGCUGCCAAAAGAACUGCACGACCAAUUGAUUCCAACAUCCGAUCGCACAGCCUUGCGAAACGAACUUGACCACCUAUGCGUUGGAUUUCACAUCCAGAGCUCGCAUAACGACCAACUCUUUGCUAGUAGCAACACACACCUUACACGGAUCUUUGCUCACGGAUAUGCGUCACCCACCCCACCGCCGCAAUUUGGUGAGACCACUAAGAAAUGGGAUCCAACGUCGUCUGGCGUCUCGGUACGGAACUCUCCCGAAACUACCCGUUGUCGUGAGAAUAUCAUGAACCCGGAAGCUAAGCACGUUCUCAACGUGCUAACCAAGUCCCUGUGUCAAUUCGAGCAGGUGGUGCGUCGCCGUCGCUUUGGGUUCCAAACGUACAUUUACUUCCCAACCGGGUACGACGAUCCGUCUCUGGAGAAAGCUUGCUCGAUCUGCUCCAAGCGCUUCCACUUCUUCCGUCGUGACUUUUUCUGCCACUUAUGUGGUCACAUGGUGUGUGGAGAUUGUUCUCAACUUCACGAGGUGGAAGCUCGUAUUGGAGAGAUCCGUCGCAACCGAUGCUGCCUUCAGUGUGUCUAUCGCGUAGACUCUUGUGUCUUUGAUGACAAAGAUUUGUUGGGGGCAUUGGGGCCUGCUGUCGUUGGAGUUGACGAUGUACUCUGGUUCAAUGACGACAAGUAUCACCUGGAUGCAAUGGACCUUGACGGCGACACUGCCUCAAUGCCUUCGGACACGAGUUCUGUUGAGGAACUUACGGAGCAGCUGUACUCGGACGACCCGAGUCAAAAUUCGCGAGCUUUGGACUUCCUCGGACAGCUUGUUAACCCCGUGGCAGCUACGUACGAGUACGAAUUUGUUAGCCCAACGGCUAAAUGUGCCAAGUCUCGCGUGAAGACCAAACACCAGAAAAACGCCACGAAAGUUCAACAGGUGACGCAAGACGUGCAGAACUAUGUGAGUCAGACUUUGCGUGUCACGAAGGACCGCUACAGCAGCUCAGACCGGUGCACAGUCGCAAGCACGGAAGAGCACGACUAUGUUUUCGAGUUUGACGCCGAAAAGACCAAUGUUGAACACCACCCACUACCUCCUGCGCCAGCACCGGAGAAAGAAACACACCGUCUCGAAGCCAUCGAGCAGAUGGGAGUAUUGCAGCCAGAAUACGACCACGCCGCCCUCGACGUAAUUGCUCAAGUUGCUGCAAAGCGCCUGAAUUGUCCAAUUGGGUUCGUGUCGGUAAUCGACAAUGACAGCUUUCGCGCUGUCGGCACGUACCAUCUACCGGAGAGAGCGUUCACGCUGCAGCGUAACAACACUGUUUGCAUCCAUGCCGUGUACGCUGAAAAGCCGCUCAUCUUGAAGAACCCCAUGCGUGACAUGCGUUUCUCUCAGAUGCCAGUGAUCAAAGACCUGAGUAUCAAAUUCUACGUUGGCUUCCCCGUUUACGGAUCCGAUGGUGAAGUGGUGGCGUCUCUGUGUACUAUAGACAACACCGUAUCACACAACAACAUUUCGACAAAAGACUACGCUACAAUGGAGGCACUUGCGAAAUUGGCGUCGGACCUCGUGAAGCCGAAAAAUCGUGCAAUGUACUGA